ACAUUCGCUUGCUUGGUUGAAAGUAAAUCCAACAUGGCCACGCACAGUGUCGUCUGAGCUAUUCAUUCAGCCAACAAUACAUUGAGAUUGUACGCGUAAGGGCAUUUGUCAUUUUUAUGUUUUGAAAUGAAGGUCAAGCUCCUGAUACGCUCCUUAUUGAAAAAAACAUGGGUUUGUGGACUGACGACGCACACAAGCCUCCCAACUGCCUUUCCAUACCAACGUGCAUUGCAAUGCAGGAUAGUCGGGGAGUUAAGCGCGAGGGGGUACUCCACAGGAUCUUCAGCUAAGGGCUGUGCGGCUUUAGUAUACAGAACUCACGGAGACCCUGCCCAAGUUGUUCAGUUGGAGAGUAUGAAUCUCCCAUCUAUUGACGAAAAGAGUGUUCUUGUAAAAAUACUGGCAGCGCCAGUCAACCCAUCUGAUAUCAACAUGAUUCAAGGUACCUACGCUAUCCUACCCGACCUCCCAGCAGUAGGGGGCAACGAGGGGGUCGCCUUAGUAUUGGAGGUGGGCAGCCAGGUGAAAUCCCUCAAACCAGGAGACUGGGUCAUCCCGAGAGAUGCUGGAUUGGGAACAUGGAGGGCAGCGGCAGUGCUGGCUGAAAAGGAUGUGAUCUCUCUGCCAAAUGACAUCCCCCUUCUAUCUGCUGCCACACUGGGGGUCAACCCCUGCACGGCCUACAGGAUGCUCUCUGACUUUGAAGACCUCAAACCAGGUGACUCGGUGAUCCAGAAUGCAGCCAACAGCGGUGUUGGUCAGGCUGUUAUUCAGAUUGCUGCAGCGAGGGGAAUCCAGACUAUUAAUGUGGUCAGAGACAGACCAGACCUCACACAGCUCACUGAUAGGCUGAAGGCUCUGGGGGCCAGUCAUGUUAUCAAAGAGGAAACACUAAGACGACCUGAACUGAAAGAGCUCUUCAAGAUCUGCCCUAGACCUAAACUAGCAUUGAAUGGAGUUGGGGGCAAGAGUGCAACAGAACUACUUCGCAAUUUACAGGUCGGGGGUACCAUGGUGACGUAUGGUGGGAUGUCUAAGCAGCCAGUCACAGUCCCUGUGAGUGCUCUUAUUUUCAAAAAUGUGAAGGUGCGAGGGUUUUGGGUCACUCAGUGGAAAAGGCAAUAUGCUAAAGAUGUGGAGGCCUUGCAUGGGAUGCUGGAGGAGUUGUGUGUCAUGAUCCGCCAGGGGAAGCUGUCUGCACCAGCCUGCUCUGAGGUGGGCCUCACGGACUUCCACAAAGCGCUGGACUCUGCCAUGCAGCCGUUCACUUCAGUCAAACAGGUCUUGAUCAUGUAAGCCCUGGCCCAGGCCCUGACCCAGGCCCUGACCCAGGCCCUGACCCAGCCCCUGACCCAGCCCCUGAAACAGCCCCUGACCCAGCCCCAGAACCAGGCCCUGACCCAGCCCCUGACCCAGCCCCUGGCCCAGGCCCUGACCCAGGCCCUGACCCAGCCCCUGACCCAGCCCCUGAAACAGCCCCUGACCCAGCCCCAGAACCAGGCCCUGACCCAGCCCCUGACCCAGCCCCUGACCCAGCCCCUGACCCAGCCCCAGAACCAGGCCCUGACCCAGCC